AUGACUGGAGAAUUUAUCAAACUUCCAGAAGCAAGCAAGGUUGAGAAAUCUAGAGAGAAGAUUGAUGCUUGUCUGGGCUUCAGUCGAAGAACUAAACAAUAUAAGGUGAUAAGAAUUUUCACUCCAUACAUCUGUGGGAGGAAAGAGUAUCUGUAUGACGAUAAGGUGGCUGAGAUAUACACACUUGGGACAAGAUCGUGGAGAAGUGUGGCAUCUCCCCCAGAUAAGUAUAACAGCUACGGUGGUAAGAAUAUAAAUCUCAUAAGCAUGGGUGUUUUAAAUGGUCAUCUCUGCAUAUGUGAUGCUGCUGAGUUUGGCUGUGUUUGCAUAUGGGCAGUGAAGAAGCACGGGGUCCGAGAAUCUUGGAGUAAAGUGUUUUCUAUUAAUACUGAGACUGAACAACGAUGGCCGCAGGGUUUAUAUCAUCCAUUGAAGAAGUUUAAGAAUGGAGCAAUAAUGAUGUCGCUCAAGGAUGCUGUGAUGGGAGACAAUGUAGAGGUGCUGAAUGUCAAAUCAAGGUGUGCAAAAUUUGAGCUGCGAGAAGAAGUCAAACCUCUCAUUUUGGUGGAAGAAAUCAGCGAUCUGGCGUCGGAUUUUUAUACUUCGUCUGAGGAAAGCUGCUGA